AUGGUACCCAUCCCAGAUUUCCCGAAGCAGGUGGAGAGUCGGGACAACGCUAUCAACCCGAGGAGGAAGCCAUCAGUCAUUACCGAGAUGUUGUUUUGGUUUGUGCACAUUUCUUUAGCUCUCUACAUUUAUAUUUUGGGGACCAUUAUGUACAACAUGUAUUACGCUAAAGGAGUUGCGGAUUACGUUAACAGUUUCUUCAGCUUAUCAAUUUUAAUAUUAACUCUUAAUGGAGAUUGGUGGACAUUAACUAAAAGGUCAAGCAUUCAAGAUGCUCUGAGACUGGUCAAGAAGAGUGACGACCUGGUGCGACAGUCCGGAAAAUUUGCUGACGAGCAUGCCGGCAUGAUGAAGAUUAUAAAGUGGCUCAUACUGGCCUGCUACACCUUCCAUUUUGUUAACGAGGUUCUUAUUUUUUCAACAGUCAGAGUCAUAACUACUACUGAAAUUACUAUCACUUCUUGCACUGGUUUGAGGCCCCUCUCAGGCAGUCCCAACAUGGCGAUAUGCAAAGCUAUGCUGACGUUCCAAGAGUUGACGGGCAUCAUCGUGGUGGCCACGUACGACGCCAUGGUGAUCCUGUUCACCUCGCACUCCACCGCCAUGUACGACCUGCUGCGGCUCGACAUCGCCAGCAUCCAGCAUCUGGAGCCCUCAGAUCCUGACGGAGAUCUCACGAUAUCUAAGCGCCUACGAGAGGCUAUUCAGCGCCACACUCUCAUUCUAGACACUGUAAGGAUAUUACAAUCCAUUUACAGUUUUGCUGUUGGUGUAGACUUCUCAAACUAUGCAGUAUCUGUCAUGCUUUUUUUUGUAGUACCACUAAACAUUUGUAUAAAAUUUGGUCCUCUUGUAGCUCAUAAUUUACUUGUUUUCUUCUUAUACUGUCUAUUAGGACAGAAACUCAAUACGGCGGCAGAAAAUUUGGAAAUGGCUAUUUACGAUUGUGGUUGGGAGAGGUUCAGUCUCAAACAUCGUAAACUGGUAUUGUUUAUGUUGAUACGGUCGCAAGAGCCCGUUAUGUUAUACGCGGCUAAAGUUGUGCCGAUUCGACUUUAUACAUUUGCUUCCACAAUGCAGGCGAUCUACAAAUUUGCUGCCGUUGACGUAGAGUUUGUAAAUGAUGAUCGUCACAACUAUUUGAUGCGAGGUCGCGUUUGGGGUCGUCACCGGAGCUCCAUUAAGUCAGGAGCCGCUCAAUCAGGCUCCGGGUUUAGCACAGGCAACGACGAUUUCUCCAACUCGAUUAAUAACGACUAG